UGUUCGCGUUGGUUAUAGACUUGUAGUCUCAUUUUCGCUGCCGCGGGGCCAUUCAUCAGCCCUUCUUUUCAAUUUUCAGCUAUCUUUCUCUCCUCUCCCUCUCUCUCUACUCUGCUAGUGUGUGACGACUGAAGAGUGUCUGUGUAAGCAGAUCGAUCUGCAGAAAUGGAAAUCUUCUAUUACCUUAUCUUUGGGUGUCUAUCGCUGGUGGUCGCCGCCCUAGAGUUCAGCAAGACCACCAAAGAUCGCAUCAACACAUCUUCUGCUUUUAAUUCCUUCAAGAACAACUACCUUGUCGUCUACUCUCUCAUGAUGGCUGGGGAUUGGCUGCAGGGUCCCUAUGUAUACUUCCUCUAUAGCCAGUAUGGUUUUGAUAAGGGGGAUAUUGGAAGGCUCUUUAUAGCUGGUUUUGGAUCCUCAAUGUUAUUUGGGACAAUUGUCGGAUCUUUGGCAGAUAAACAGGGUCGGAAGAGGGCUUGUGUUACUUACUGCAUAACCUACAUCCUGAGCUGCUUCACCAAGCAUUCUCCUCUGUACAAGGUCCUAAUGUUGGGACGCAUAUUGGGAGGAAUUGCCACUUCUCUCCUGUUUUCAGCCUUUGAAUCAUGGCUUGUUGCAGAACACAACAAGAGGGGCUUUGAUCAGCAAUGGCUGUCCUUGACAUUUUCCAAGGCUAUCUUUCUUGGCAAUGGCUUAAUUGCCAUUGUUUCUGGGUUGUUUGCAAAUGUGCUGGCUGACACUCUUGGCUUUGGCCCAGUUGCCCCUUUUGAUGCUGCUGCAUGUUUUCUUGCAAUUGGGGUGGUCAUUAUCCUAUCAUCGUGGAGUGAAAACUAUGGAGAUCCUUCAGAGAGCAAGGACCUACUUACCCAGUUCAAGGGUGCUGCUGUAGCCAUUGCUUCCGAUGAGAAGAUUGCUUUGCUGGGUGCGAUACAGUCCCUGUUUGAAGGUUCGAUGUACACUUUUGUGUUCCUCUGGACACCUGCAUUGAGCCCAAAUGAUGAGGAAAUACCCCAUGGUUUCAUAUUUGCGACAUUCAUGUUGGCUUCAAUGUUGGGUAGCUCCGUUGCAUCUCGUCUCAUGGCCCGUGCAUCCCUCAAAGUCGAGAGCUACAUGCAGAUUGUUUUUGUGCUUUCAUCCUUCUCUUUAAUGCUUCCAGUUGUCACAAUUUUCUUGGCACAACCUUCUAAGGAGAAAGGUGGAAGCAUCUCAUUUGCAGGGAGUAUCCAGCUCUUUGGGUUCUGUACUUUUGAGGCCUGUGUGGGGAUAUUCUGGCCAUCAAUCAUGAAGAUGAGGUCCCAGUACAUUCCUGAGGAAGCUAGAAGCACUAUCAUGAACUUCUUCCGCAUUCCUCUCAACAUCUUUGUCUGUAUUGUGCUCUACAAUGUUAAUGCUUUCCCCAUCACCGUUAUGUUUGGCAUGUGUUCAAUCUUCCUUUUCAUGGCAGCAAUCUUGCAGAGGCGGCUCAUGGUAGUUGCAGAAAGCUACAAGUCAAAGCCACAAGAUUGGACGCCAAUGACAAUGAGAGAGAGGAACUCAGAGGCAGAACCAUUAAACAUAUGAUUUCGAGUUAAUAUUUGAUGGAACCACUAGUUUGGAAAAGUUUAUGAAGAAAAGGAAAACCCUUUUCUGUCCAUGAAAAUUUCCAGUUCUAUUGUGGUUUGCUGCUGCAGAAAAAUUCUAUAGAUAAGAGGAAUCUGUAAGAAAUUUCUUGAUUUGUUGAAGAGAGGAUAAGACCUUCAGCGAAUAACCAGCUGCUGGAGGUCUAGGUUCAAAACAAAAGAGAAAAAUGUGCAUGAAGGAGUGGGGGCUGGGAUUUCUUUAGCUCUUUAGAAUGUCUUCGCUACAAUAUUUGGUGUAAUUGUUAAGGAGUUUGCUUUUCAGUCAUGUAAUUUGAUUGUUUCCUUAAAGUUCUAGAAUUAAUCUCUCCCCCUUUCAUUCUGUUUUCGACAUUUAUUAUUAUUACAAAAUUUUACGUGUUUUCUCUUCCUCGGUUGA